AUGAGCGUCGCUGUGGGUUAUUCCUGUAAUCAAAGUGUGGGCCUGUAUAUUGAAGAGUAUGCGCAGAAUGCUGAGACGGACAGGUGUGGCAUAACAUACCGUGGAGGGGUUAAGGAGAAGGACAGGAGUGAAUCUGGAGUGAACAGCAAGAGAAAGGCAGAAAAUGGCCACCUGAUUUACAGCAGAGGGGACGUCCUCCAAGACAGAUAUGAAAUAUUGAACACUUUAGGUGAGGGCACAUUCGGAAAGGUGGUCCAUUGUUUAGAUCAUGACAGAGGUGGGCGGUUUGUCGCUCUGAAAAUCAUUAAGAACCUGGAGAAAUACAGAGAAGCAGCCAAGCUCGAAAUCAAUGUGCUGGAGAAAAUCAUUGAGAGGGACCCACACAACGAGCAUCACUGUGUGCAGAUGCUGGGCUGGUUUGAUUAUUUCGGACACAUGUGCAUCUCCUUUGAGCUUUUGUCUCUGAGCACCUUCGACUUCCUCAAAAACAACAACUUCAGUCCAUAUCCACUCAGCCAAAUCCGGCACAUGGCCCACCAGAUCUGCUACGCUGUCAACUUUCUCCAUGACAACAAGCUGACCCACACAGACCUGAAGCCAGAGAACAUCCUGUUUGUGAACUCUCAGUACUCCGUUUUCUACAACCCAGAGAAGAAAUGUAACGAGAAGAGAGUAAAUGACACCACGGUUCGGCUUGUUGACUUUGGGAGCGCCACCUUUGACCAUGAGCACCACUCCUCCAUCAUCUCCACCCGCCACUACCGCGCCCCAGAGGUCAUCCUGGGUCUGGGUUGGGGCCAUCCCUGUGACGUGUGGAGCAUUGGUUGUAUAUUGUUUGAGUACUACGCAGGAUACACGCUUUUCCAGACCCACGACAACAAAGAGCAUCUGGCAAUGAUGGAGAGGAUUCACGGCCCGCUGCCUCAGAAGAUGAUCCGACGAAGCAGAAAGCAAUAUUUUUACCGUGGGCGACUGGAGUGGAACGAGUGCUCUGUGGCCGGACGUUAUGUGAAAAGUAAAUGCAAACCGCUGCAGAAGUACCUGACCUCACAGAGCAGCGAGCACCAUCAGUUCUUCGACCUGUUGAGGCAGAUGCUGGAGUACGAGCCUUCAAAGCGCAUCACCCUCUCCACCGCCAUGAGUCAUCCCUUCUUCUCCUCCCUCUCUCAGCCCCAGAGAAGGAACCAUGGGUGGAGAAACAGCUGUGAUCUCAGCCCAUGAAGCACUAUCACCCACCCUGCACAUUAUACACUACAAAAAGUUAUAUGUAGGUAAGUUAGAAUAAUGUAUGAACAUAGACCUGCUGAUGUUAACAAGUAAACAAGCUCACUCUUAAACUCCUCCCUUGAGGAGCUGGAAUUACUUAACUUAGAGUGGGAUAAAUCAUAGUGUCUCAGGCCAGUACCAUCAAACUGAAAAUGGCUUCUGAACGGGACCCGACGUGUCUUGAUUGCAAAAACAGUGUCCAGAUGAGCAUAGCUGAAACCUUCUCUAUACUGAACCAGUCCUGGAUGAAUGAGGGAUUACACAGUCACAGAUCUUGGUACUGUAAAAUACUUAAAACCACUUUACAUAACUUUUUAGCCAAAGACAGACUUUGAACCAAAUAGAAUUUGGUUUUAUUUAUUGCUUCCUUACUGUGAGCGGGCUUGCAUCUCCACAAAACUGACUCUUUGGUCUGGAGGAGGGCCUCCUUAUGCUUGUUUCCAUGGAAAUGCUGUUCCUUUGGUUAAACUCUUCCACUGUUCAGCAUAAAACGUGUCUCUCUCCAUGGAGAAUGUUCCUACCUAUGGUUUUAUCGUUCUAUUUCCAUGGAAUCAUGCAGGUGAUGUGCCUCCCCCUGAAAGUUGCAU